AUGCAGAAGAUCACUUACAAGUCGACUACUGUUGAUAGCCUCAUUUCAAAUAACGAAGCAACAAGCAAAGAAGAGAAAGAGAAAAUCAUUAUUUCCGUGAAUAUGGGCGGGCCUAACAACCAGAUCUGGGGCCUUCGCGAGGCUGAUGUCAAGUCCGUAUGCGGCGACUCCUUUGAUCUUAUUCUGGAUUUUCAUCCGGAAAGAACUUAUGAGACAUGGACGAAGCUUACUUAUGAGUAUUUGAAUAUGGACUUUCAAAAAAAAAAUAGAACAGAAAAAAUUGUGCUGAGAAGAAUUGGAUCAGGAGGAACCGAAUCUUUAAUGAGAUUUCUAAGCGGAUUUGACGGAAAGCAAUGCAUUUUGCUAAAACAUCCGUACUCCUUGCUCCCCUGGAACAUGAUAUUCCGUCAUCGGUUUAAGAACUUGGAGCCAUUUGUCGAAUCAGACUUCGAACUGUUUAGAAAAGUGAUCGAAGCAACCAGUCGCCCGAAGAAAAUCAAGAAUCUAGCUGAGAAGAUUGCGGCCAUCAUCAAGUUCGAAGGAUUGAAAGAGCAUAAAAUGGCGGCACUUCAUUGGAGAUACGAUUUGGAUGAUUGGGGAGCAGGCAAGGAUGAAACUGAAACAAUGCAAAAAGUGCUUGCUAUUCGGAAAAAUCCGAUGGUUUUUGCAAAGUUUAUCGAAGAAGAGCUUGGGAAACGAAACAUAUCCAGACUCGUUAUUUUCAGUCCUCCAAACGACUCCGAAUUCGUCGAGCAGCUUCGUUCAGAAAUCAAAAAUAUCAUUAUUUUCACGGAAAAAGAAAUUCUCUCAAUCUUCAAACGCGACUUGGACAAAAUCGACCUCGAUUCGGAAAUCUCACUCGUCGAGCAAGAGAUUUGUUUUCUCUCAGACUUCUUUCUUUACUCAGAUCCUUCGACUUGGAGCAUGAAUGUGAAUCUUGAAAGAGCUGUCGCUGGAAGAGACGAUAAUUUAUUGAACCUUCACUUUCAAAUUGACGAAGAAAAUUGCGAUUUGGAAAUACGACUUGGGAAGAAAAAUAAGUUUGCAGUGUUACCUUUCGUUUCAUUUCCAGGCAGCGGUAAUACUUGGACGCGGAUGCUCCUCGAAAAAUCAACUGGAAUUUACACUGGAAGCGUUUACGAAGACAAAAAAUUGUUGGAGGCUGGUUUUCUUGGUGAAGAAACAGUGCCAUCGGAUGGUGAGACGCUCUUUCAGAAAUCUCAUGAAAUCAAGGACGAGAGAAUUCCGAACCCAAAAGCCAUUCUUUUUCUCAUUCGAAAUCCAUUCGACGCGGCGGUGGCAGAGUGGAAACGACGACACGGAAAAGGGCACACAGCGAAUGUCGAAGAAGAAAUUUUCGUUGGAGAAGAGUGGGAAAAAAUGGGAAGCUAUUUUUUGAGAAAGUGGAAGACUCUAGCGGAAGAAGUUAUUGACCAAAACAUAGGAAAAGCGAACGUUCCACUUCAUAUUUUCUUUUACGAAAGUCUCAAGGCGAACGCGAUCCAUGAAAUGGAAAACAUCUUGGAUUUUAUUGAAAAAGAGAAUGUUUACACUGUUUCGGACAGAGAAAUUCGAUUGAAAUGCUUGAAAGAAACACUAGAAGAAACUGAGAAAUUUCAUCGCCCAAAAAAGAGCCUUCUUUUGAAUAUUUUACGAACGAAAUGA